AUGUCCCUCCUCUCCCUGCCCCCCGAACUCCUGGCACUAGUCGCCAACUACCUCGACAAAGACAGCGACAUCAACUCCCUAUCACAAGUCAAUCGAGCUCUUCACUCCCUCUACGCCCAUCUCUUAUACCAACGCAAUGCGAGCUCCGGACAUGGUUCCGCGUUACUCUGGGCCGCGAAACACGGUCUCAGAGGUACAGCAGAGAAGAGUAUAUUGCUGGGUAGAUGUGGCAUUAAUGAGACAGUCGAUGAUUCUGGUCUGAAUGCGUUGAUUUGGGCCGCUAGAGAAGGCCAUGAGGAUGUAAUCAGGUUUCUACUAUUACUUCUCGGGACGGGCAAAGAGCUGAAUGUUAAUUUGCAAGACUCGAAUGGUCGAACGGCCCUUUCGUGGGCUGCGGAGAACGGAUUCAAGACUGUAGUCAAGCUUCUGCUUGAUACUGGCCUUGCGGAUUUGGAGAUGAGGGAUGAUUUGCGUAUGACUCCGCUUUCGUACGCAGCCGAGAACGGACACCACGCAGUGGUGAGACUGUUUCUUGCUAGGGAUGUAAAGAACUUGGAUAUAAAGGACUUCACAGGCUCAACUCCACUCUCCCGGGCAGCGGAAAACGGGCAUGCAGUGGUUGUAAGGGUGUUGCUCCAGACCGGACGGGUGGAUAUCAAUUCAGAAGACUCCGAGGGUCGGACGCCACUGUCUCUAGCCGCUGAGAAUGGACAUAGUGCGAUAGUCAGGCUCUUACUGAAAAACGAACAGCUGGAUUUCAAUCUAGAAGACUCCGAAGGUCGAACGCCGUUGUCUUGGGCCGCAGGAAAUGGUCAUAUCGCCGUCGUCCGGGAAUUGCUGAAGAAUGGACGGGUGGAUACAGACUCAAAUGACUCUCAUGGCCGUACGCCGUUGGCCUAUGCUUCUCAAAAUGGUCACGAAAAAGCGGUCAGAAUACUUCUGAAACGUGACGAAGUCAAUGUGAACUCAGAAGACGAAGACAUCCGAACACCACUAUCCCUCGCGGCAGAAAAUGGGCAUGAAAUGGUAGUUCAGCUCCUACUCAAAGAUGAACGGGUAGAAGUAGACGCAAAGGAUUCAAAAGAGUCAACGCCUUUGUCCUGGGCCGCGAGGAAGGGAAAUGCUGCGGUAGUGAGGUUGUUGCUUGAAACGAAACGGGUUGAUGUUGAUUCAAAGGAUAGUUCGGGUUGGACUCCUUUGUUUUGGGCUGUGGUUGGAACCCAUGAAGAGGUGAGGAAUUUGCUAUUGAGUAGUCAUUGA